AUGGUGGCAGCUAUGGCAGUUUUGAGCCUCGUUCUGCUGACGUAUGCGCACUUGAUCUACCUACCUGCGAUGACUGAGAGGCGGGGAUAUCGCCAGUUCUUUCGGGCACGCCGCGACAGAGUGGACAUGAGUCUACGAGAGCUCUACAAGAAACGCAGCCAGAGCUUCAAUGAAGAUCAGCAGAAGGUGGUGAACAUGACGCGUCAUGCUUGGCGUGGUUACCGGAAGUUUGCAGGCUGGAGUGACUAUCUCAGCAUGCCGAAGCUCGAAGGUGGAACUGUUUACGGUCACGAUAUGGCUCUCACGGCGGUGGAUUCGCUUGAUACGCUCUUUAUAAUGGGGUUGCACGAGGAAUUUGACGAGGCAAGUACAUGGAUCAAGACGAAUUUAAGCGAUAUUAUGUUUCAAAAGAGCACUGUGAGCUUCUUUGAAAUUACGAUUCGAUCACUGGGCGGCUUGCUGUCAGCGUACUAUCUCUCAGAAGAAAAAUACUUUUUAAGCCUUGCGGAUAGCCUUGGACGGGCUCUUCAGAAGGGAUUUACCUGUGAAGAUUCCGUUCCUUGUCAAGCUGACCAAUAUAGCUACGGAGAGCCGCAGUUGUCGGAGGCAGGAAGCUUCCAACUGGAAUUUGCGUACCUUGCACGUGCCACCGACGACGAAUCGUUUCUGCUUCCCGUGAACCACGUCAACAGCAUUAUGGCCAACUUAGUCGAGACGCGCUAUUCCAACGGGUUAAUUCCUGUGGAUAUGGAUUGGAAGAGUUUAAAGCCACAGCCAGGGUCCGUCGUCUCUGUAGGCGCUUUAGGCGACAGUCACUACGAGUAUCUCUUAAAACAGUGGUUGCUCAGUGGGAAGCACGACAACAAGCUCCGAGAUAUGUACGUCACAGCUGUGGCGGCGAUAGAAGUCGAGUUGGUUGGCUACUCGUAUCCAUCAAACUUCGCAUUUAUCGGCAAAUUACUUGCUACUGGAGAACUGGAGCCUGCCAUGGAGCACUUGACCUGCUUCGUGCCAGGAAUGUUGGCGCUAGGAUACUAUCACGGUAUGCCGACUUCACAUCUGGAGCUGGCCAAGGAACUUACAGAAACCUGCAUGUAUCUCCAGUCGGCGUCACAAUUGGCUCCUGAUAUAACUCAGUUCAUUACUCAAGUGGACCCAAAUGACAUCGAGGAAGAACUAUUUGCGCUCCCCCAGCAAGACUACAAUCUCUUGCGACCCGAGACGGUGGAGAGUUUGAUGAUCUUGUAUCGAGUCACAGGCGACGAAAUCUACAGAGAGUACGGCCGUAUCAUUAUGAACGCAUUUGAAAAGCAGAGCAAGGUUGAAGCCGGAGGCUACCGCAGCACUCUGAAUGUUUGGUACGGUCAGCCAAAAACGAAGUCAGGGCCAAUGGAGAGCUUCUUCAUCGCAGAGACGCUCAAGUAUCUCUUCCUGCUCUUCUCGGAUGAAGAUAUUCUGUCACUUGACGAGAUCGUGUUUAACACCGAGGCGCACCCAUUCCCAAUGUGGCGAUAA